UAGACGCGCCUUCCAACCGAUGCCAAGCUCCCCAAAAUUCAAUCCAUUCUCACCUCAAUUUCUCUCUCUCUCUCUCUCUCUCUUUCCCCGCAAUUCUCACACAGAAUACGCAGAGAGAGACAAAGCCACCGAUACGAAGACGACGACGACGUCAGAGGGUAGAGAGAGAGAGAGAGAGAGAGUAGAGAAUUCGGCUUCAGGAGAAACGGAUUGAUGCACGCGGUUGCUUCAUGCGUUUCCUAUAUCUCUCACCUGCUCCCUCGCUUUCUUUAACCGUCCUUUUUUAUCCUCCUCCUGCGUGUCUCCUGCUUCCACCUCCAGUCUCUUCCUCACCGUCACGGAGGUCUCCUCAGCUCCGACACGCCACCCGCGCUUAUUCGAUUUCCUCUCCGCCGUCGACUUCGUGCUUCCUGUGAAUGAAGCUCGGCGGCGGUGGUGGCGUCACGUUGUUCCUUCCUCUCUCUUCCAUCUCCAUGGAAUUGUGGCGAUCCAGCAGAGAGAUUUGUUGAUUCCGGCUUCCGUUUGAGGAUUCAUGGGAAAGGAAAACGCCAACCAAUGUGUUUUUCCUCUGACGAGCUUACAGAUAGGAGACUUGCAGUCCUAUCUUUCAGAACUCAGUUUCUUCCUGGCCUUUGAGAGUAAAAAGUUCUACAUAUUGGUGGACAAUCGGCCAUGGCUGGGAAACUUUAAUUUACGACCAGCACAGCUAUGGCAGCUGAUGGUUACAAAGUCAAGGUCAUCUCCUUUUGCAAACACUAAAGCACGGCGACAGAAAAAGAAGGGGAAACAAGCUCGAUCCAAAGAUGAAAACAGUGAGACAAAGAAGCUGGAGAAAUGGUCCUCAUUAAUCGAUGCUGCAAGUUCGUCCCAUAAGAAGGUUCUAUUGCCUGUAAAGAAUCUGCGGAAAUCUUUGCAGUUAAGCAGUGAAUUGCACCGGACUCUUUAUGGGUUUAUCGUUUUUGAAGUCGAAUGGGAUAACGUUCGAGGUAUAAAUUAUCUGAAUGAGCUCCAGACAGAUACAUGCCUAGCUCUGGAGGCUAAGCUAAUGAAAAGAUGGGAGUUUGAUAGCAUAACACAAGCUGCAGGCUGCAUGUCGUCAUGGUUCACGGGGACUGUUGCCGAGCGUCGCACUUUAAAGGAUUAUCUUAAUGCUUCCGCAGGAGAUAUUUUCUAUGAUGCUGAAGAAGAAUUUCCGAGAUCCCACAUUGGUCGCUGUGAAGAAAUUUGCAGCAGUGAUCCCUAUAUCGGAGAGAAUUCUCCCACCAGUGCUGGUAGUCGCUUUAGCGUAUUUUCUGCUUUUAAUGAAGAUAGUGAAAGUGGGCCGCACACGCCACCUCUUAAGAGAAGGAGAGUGACCAAGUUCACUAAAAGUGAUGGAGAACUUGAUUUCUGUUCAGAUGAAAAACGGUACGAAAGUGAGGAUUCUAUCGAUUCAUCAUCUGCCCCUGAUGCUGAAAAUUCAGUUGACAUUUUCGAGUACAGGGAUAUUUUGAUGAUUUUCCGGUUCAAUGACCAUGACCUCCCUUUUAAAUUGAGACAAGUAAUAAUGUCAGAUUUGAGAUUGCUUACCUUAUUGGAGUCAGGCCUUCCAUCUUGGGUUAUAUUCCUCCAGUCGUAUCCUGUGUUUUGCCACCUUUAUCGCCCAUGGAUGUGCCCGCUUGCUAGAGCUCUGUACGUGAUCAUUUCAGUUGUGACCGUACUUAUUGGAUUUUAUGACUUGUACAAGAAUGUUCCGGUACUCAAGGCAACUGCUGCCCAUUUGUGCGGUCCUCUCUUUGAUUGGAUAGAAACAUGGGAAAUGGUAACGCGGAUCAAGUACCUUGGAACGAUGCUCUUUCUUCAUAAUUGCCAGAAAGCUCUUAAGUGGUUCCUAAUGAUGACUAGCACCACUCGGUCCUUCUUCUUUGUUCUUGUACAACCCUUGGUGGUACCUCUUUUAGAGCUUUUCCACUCCCUUUUUCCACUAUGGAGUGUUUUAUCCCAAGCAGUUUAUAGCUCCUUCUCCAUUGUUUGGAUGAUAAUUGGAUCAAUCUGCAGUCUAGUGGCCGAACUAGUAGAAGUUUUAUUGCAGCCGUUGUGGUUCCUACUGUCACUUGUCUGGACUAUUGGAAAUUCAAUCUUGUAUCCCAUAUUCUGGAUGCUUUGUGAAACGUUGUACUUGCCCAUCCGCAUGGUCCUCACGUUAGCAAACACAAUUGCUUUUAUUGGGACAUACACAUAUGGAUCUAUUAUAGAAGUGUGGCAGUCUGUGAGUGGUGUAUUAAAGAUUGCGUCAGCAACUAAUACUGCAGUGAACCGCACAUAUGAAGUUUCAAAGUGGCGUUUAUUAUGGAGCGAUCUUUUCUCCCAGGUCUUCCGUGCUCUAAGGACAAUUUUGAAUGGUUUUGUUGCCUUCUUCACUACAUGCAACAGACAUCGUCUUAGCAUCUACAAUCAUAUGGAGGUAAUGAUACAGAAAUACUUCCAUCGGACUCAGAGGUUGAAUUCGCUGGAUCGGGGUCAUCAUAGAUCGAAUCUACAACCUAAAAGUCCAUCAGCAGGAAGGAGGAAGAGCCAUCACCACGGCCACCACGGCAAGUGAGUUUUGAGAUGAGCUGCUGAGGGGAACCAUCUUUCUUGCAGUGCAAUUCUCGAGAUCAGUUUGGCGAGAGCAUCUAUCUUUAUCAAAGAUUGAAUUAACAUGAAACCCACAAUGAAGAGAAGCCAAGAACUAGGCUAACUGAACAUAAAGACCCGGAGGACUCUAACACAAAGGCGGCAUGGCAGCAAGGAAUCAAGAGAAGGAGCUUUGGCAUCAGAUGGCCCGAUGACAAUGCCCUUUCCAUCCUUGACCUUUUUUUUUUAAUUUGUUCAUUUUUUGAUCUAUCUUGUACAUAAGAUCAUCGUAUAUAGAUUGUACAGCAGUGACAGUCGAACUCGGGAGAACAUUCGCAGAGAACUUUUCUUAAGUCAGCGGAUGUGAUUAGAUUCCUCGAUAACUUUUCUUAAGUCAGCUGAUGUGAUUUCUGGUGGGCAUCUUCCUCCUCUUGAACAGUUACGAGGAGUUUUGUGUGUAUCACCAUGUCCAGUCAUCAGCAUCUCCCACUUCUUCGA